AUGUCGUAUGGCAGCUAUCCAGCACAGCAAGGCGGGCCACCGCCAAGUCACUCUCCUCAGCCAGGUUAUGGUCCCCCAACCGGUCAAUACAAUCAAGCUGCUCAUCAGUACAACCAAGCCCCUCCUCAAGCAAGCUAUCCACCGCCCACGGCCUAUCCACCUCAAGGCUACCCACCACCCCAACUAGGUUCCAAUGCACCACCAGGUGGCGGAUAUCCACCACCACAGGGAGGGUAUGGUGGACCACCGCCACAAGGCCAGUGGGGGCAGCCCUUUCCACAAACAGGGUAUGGUCAAGCACCACCGCCUGGUCCAUAUGGACAAGCUCCUCCACCUACGCCUCCCUACUCCGGUAGCUUCCCACCACCACCCCAAGCCUACGCCCAGGGAGGACAAUUUCCUCCUGUUCAGCAAGGUGGAUAUGGUAUGCCUCCAACCCCACAGUAUCCUCCACAACCUAUGGUUGGAGCGCCUGCCUUACCGUCACCUGGCUAUGACCCGCAUCACGUUGUGCCCGUGGAUAUGACAUUAGCCGCAAACACGAUCCGCGCUGCCAUGAAGGGUUUCGGUACCGACGAUAAAACCUUGAUAAAUACCUUGGCCAAGUUAGAUCCCAUCCAGAUCGCAGGGUUGCGGCAGGCAUAUACAACCCGCAUCAAGCGCGAUCUCGAGAAAGACAUCACCUCGGAAACUUCUGGUGAUUACAGGGAAGCUUUGCUGGCAAUUGUGCGCGGUCCACUAUUGCAUGACGUUUAUUGCGUUAGAAAGGCGAUCAAAGGGAUCGGAACGAAUGAGGACAUGCUCAGUGAUGUUCUGGUAGGCCGAAGCAACGCAGACAUGCGCGCUAUCAAAGCAGCCUAUCGACAAACCUUCCGCAAAGAUAUGGUAGCUGAAGUCGCAGACGACCUCUCACUUGACACCAAACAGCACUUCAGGAUGAUUAUGGAAGCCAGACGGAAUGAAGAAUCGUCACCGGUGAAUUCUCAGCAGCUUGAGCACGAUUUGAAUAGCCUUUUUGAAGCUACCGAAGGCAAAGUCGGUACCGCGAAACUGCAGGUCUGUGAAAUAUUAACUAACCGAAGCGACGGACAAAUCCGGGCCAUCGCUCAGCAGUACCAACAACGUUAUCAGAGACCUCUUGACGCUGCUAUUCGUAGCAAACUUUCCGGCCACAUGGAGGAGACCCUUUUGCUUCAGUUGGCCAAGGCUACAGAUAGGGCGAUGAGCGACGCAAUGCAGCUCGAAGCAGCAAUGAAGGGCAUGGGAACAAAAGACGAAUUGCUAAUCCAAAGAGUAGUCCGCGCACAUUGGAAUCGCCAGCAUCUCGAGCAAGUAAAAGGUGCUUACCGGCAUAAGUACCAUAUGGCUUUGGUGGAUCGUGUCAAAGGAGAAACAAGCGGACAUUACAAAGAGUUGAUGGAGAAGUGCUUGAUCUGA